GCUACWUUCAUUUAAAAUGGUGAUAAUCUGUCGAUGCUCGUUGCUUUCUUGCUAAUUUGGCAAACYGCGAUUUGCUGGCUUGUACUGAUCUGCACAAGGUAGUGUGCUUUACAUUGGAUAAAGAGGAACUCCCCRACUUGAAUUAUAAUAACCCUCUCAACAAUUACAAGUUAUGCCUGUUGACGAAGCCUUCGUGGAAGCAGGAAAAGUUCCUGGCAUGGAAAUUUGGAGAAUUGAGAAACUCAAAGUAGUCUUUCAAGAUCCAAAAACGUAUGGGACAUUUUACUCUGGUGACUCUUAUAUCUGUUUGUCAACAAAGAAGGUUGACACACAUUUGGAAUGGGAUAUCCACUUCUGGCUUGGAAAAGAAACUUCUCAAGACGAAGCAGGAGUUUGCGCGUACAAAACGGUGGAACUUGAUGACAGCCUUGGAGGAGCACCCGUACAAUAUCGAGAGGUGCAAGAUCACGAGUCAAGAAAAUUUCUUGCGCAUUUCAAAGAUGGCAUACGGUAUCUGGAAGGUGGWGUGGAAUCUGGAUUCAGGAAAGUUGAACGUGGAGUUUACGAAAAGAGGUUAUUUCAUAUCAAAGGGAAGAGGAAUGUCAGGGUGUCACAGGUUGAGUUGCAUGCCAAGUCGCUUAACAAAGGAGAUGUUUUCAUUUUGGUUGAUGGACUCAACAUAUAUUGCUGGAAUGGCUCCAAGUGCAGCAGAGUCGAGAAAAUCAAGGGUACUGAGGUGGCAACAAAGAUUAAGAAUGAGGAACGUGGAGGAAAGGCGGCAAUUCACAUCGUUGACGAGGACAAGGAUAUAGCCCUCGAAGAUAAGUUCUUCAAAGCACUUGGCUCGCGAUGUAAAAUUGCHGAUGAUUCUGGAGAUGACAUGGAGUUUGAAAAGUCGAGUCAAAUGAGCACCAACCUGUACAGGGUUUCUGACGCGUCUGGUCAAUUAGAAAUGACUAUGAUUGACGAAAAACCACUCAGAAAGACGCAUCUGGACACCAAUGACUGUUUCAUACUGGACUGCGGUAGUAGUGGUGUAUUCAUUUGGGUUGGUAAAGGUUGCACAAAAGACGARAAAAAUGGAGCAAUGAAAAAUGGAAUGGAAUUCAUUGAGAAGAAGGGUUACCCCAACUGGACACAAGUGACACGUGUCAUCGAAGGAGGGGAGACGCCCAUCUUUAAACAGUUCUUUUCUAAUUGGUCGGAYGGGAAUGAUCAAGUAGGCCUGGGACGAACAUUCAAAAAAGGAGUUGCUCGACAGAAUCGCGAGAAGGUCGAUGCCUCGGCCAUGCACGAAAAGCAGAAACCAAAGAAAAAGGAAAUCCUGCCUGAYGACGGUACGGGUGUAGCCAAGAUAUGGMGAGUCGAGGAUCAUGACUUGCUCCCCGUUCGUUCUGAACUUCAUGGUCUUUUCUUCAGCGGCGAUUGCUACAUUAUUCUAUACACGUACAAAGUCAAUAGGAAAGAAAACCACAUUAUCUACUUCUGGCAGGGUGUAAAGAGCAGUACCGAAGAGAAGGCUGCAUCUGCAAUAUUGACAGACAAGAUGGACAAAGACAUGGGAGGGAUUGCUAUGCAGGUACGAGUUGUCCAGAACAAAGAGCCUCAGCACUUCCUUAUAAUCUUUAGAGGAAGACUAAUAAUCUUAGAUGGUGGAAAAGGUGCUGGRUUCCGYGCUGGUUGUGAAGAAGAUACUUACGACUCCGAAGGCAAGCGACUGUUCCAUGUCAAAGGCACAAAUGAUCUCAAUGCUCGCGCAGUUCAGGUGCCAAGACGAGCAGCGUCACUGAACUCUGGUGACGUCAUAGUGUUAGAAACACCUARGAAAAUAUUCAUGUGGCGAGGAAAAGGAGCAUGUGACGCUGAAAGACGGAUUGGUCGWCUGGUUGUUGAUUUCUUAACUCCAGGAAGGGAGCCCGAGAUCAUUCGCGAAGAGCACGAGCCCAAUGAUUUCUGGGAAGGCAUCGGAGGACGCGAACCGUACGCGAAAGGAAAAAUACUAGAGGAAGARAAGCCAUCUUAUCCUCCAAGAUUAUUCCAAUUUUCUGACUCUUCCGGUGCGUUCAGAAUAGAAGAAUUAUUCGAAUUUACACAAGAGGAUCUUAUUGAAGACGAUGUUAUGAUGCUAGAUACUUAUGAUGAGGUAUUCGUGUGGAUUGGUGAUGGAGCUAACGAUGAGGAAAGACGAGAAUCUCUUCGGUGUGCAAUGGAUUACAUCAAGGCUGACACGUCAGGUAGAACUCUCGAUGACACCAUCAUCAUACAAGUCAAACAAGGCUACGAACCAUUAAACUUUACCGGGCAUUUCCAGGCUUGGGACUCGGAAAAAUGGAGUAAAGGAAUGACCUUCGAGGAAAGGAAAGCAGACGUAGGAGACGGCAUUUCAGAAUACAACAAGCGMAUCACUGAAAAGGAAGCAUAUGAAAUCAUCAAUCACAACCCAGACACGUUUGAACCGGACAAGUUCUACUCAUAUGAAAUACUAAGUGGUCCAACGUCUUUGCUUCCACGAGAUGUUGAUAAAAGAAUUCGAGAGAAAUACCUGGAAGACGACGUGUUUUAUCAAGUAUUUGGAAUGAACAAGCAAGAAUUUCACUCGAUGCCAAAAUGGAAGCAAAUUGAGAUGAAAAAAUCCAAGAAGUUGUUUUAAACAAUCAUUGAAGCCUAGUUGAAUUUUUUAAAUACAAGAACGUUAAUCAAUUUUCUAUAGCAUUAAAAUCAAUUUUAUACUUUGACAAAAAAAAUAGAAUUAAAUCUAAUUGUAGGAAUUGUGUUUUUAUGAACACGUUGAACGUUGAGUGUACCAUWGGAAAAUAUAUCUCGGUUAUCUGCUCAACAAGCGCGGUAAUAAAGCAUGCUUAUUAUUUCACGAGAUAGGUAUUGAGAAUAGUUAGCAAUGUAACUAGCAAUUAUAAGUGUUUGUUUUCUAAGUUAUAAUGAAAAUAUAAUAAUUAUUAAAAUUGAGUAAUUUAAAAAUACCAAUGAAAAUUUUGAUCUUGAUUUUAACGUUGCCCCUAACAAUGACUUYUAUUCUCUACAAACUGACAUAAGAUUUCAAUAAUGUCAUUUCUUGCCAUGUGAUUUUGCUGUGGCUCAGUCCUGGAUUCGUCUUUGYCGUAAAUUUUUUUCGAAAUGUUUUGUGGUAAAUGUCGUCACUAUGAUUUUCAAACCGAAGAUGAGAAAUUUCAUAAGUUGCUUUGGAUAAAAAAUCUUGGCUUCCAGCUGCAAAAAUGAAAAAUAAUWAUAAUAUUUACAAAUAUUGACGAGUCAUUGCCCAAUUUGUAUAAAAUCAUUUGAAUGAAUGACACUAGGUAAGUUCGGAAAUUCGACUGAUAAUAGUACUUUAUCAAUAAACUAAUUGAACUCUUA